AUGACGAUCUGUACUUAUAACGCACGUACGCUUGCAUCGGAAGCGGUCAUCGAAGAUCUGAUGAUGCAAGCCAAGAAGAUCAAGUACGACGUCAUCGGACUGAUCGAGACGGAACGACGUCACCUUCUCAACGCCGUAUAUGAAUUUGGAGAAGAACUGUUCCUAGGAAGAUGCGACAGUAGAGGUGUUGGUGGAGUUAGCGUCCUCGUCAACACGUGUAUGGCAAAGAUCAUCGACUCUUUCGAACAACUUACGCCCCGAAUUGGACGUCUGUGGAUCAGAAGAUGUGGUCCAACGUCAGCUUCGACUAUCUUCGUCGCUUACGCUCCAACAUCAAGCUACGAAGAGGAAGUUGAAGCUCUUUGGAGAAGUUCUACCGAGAAGAUCAUGUCUUCUACAAGGUCAUAA